AUGGCGGAGGACAGCGAGUCUGCGGCCAGCCAGCAGAGCCUGGAGCUGGAUGACCAGGACACCUGCGGCAUAGACGGCGACAAUGAGGAGGAGGCCGAGCACGCCAAGGGAAGCCCUGGAGGAGAUUUGGGAGCAAAGAAGAAGAAGAAGAAGCAGAAGAGAAAAAAGGAGAAACCAAAUUCUGGAGGCACCAAAUCAGAUUCUGCGUCUGACUCCCAGGAGAUUAAAAUUCAGCAACCUUCAAAAAAUCCAGCCAUUCCCAUGCAGAAGCUUCAGGACAUCCAGAGAGCAAUGGAGCUGCUCUCUGCAUGCCAAGGCCCAGCAAAGAACAUUGAUGAGGCUGCUAAACGUAAAUACCAGUUUUGGGACACACAACCUGUACCAAAACUCAAUGAAGUGAUAACUUCCCAUGGUGCCAUCGAACCAGACAAGGACAACAUCCGCCUAGAGCCAUAUUCUUUGCCCCAAGGUUUUAUGUGGGACACACUGGACCUUAGCAAUGCUGAAGUUCUGAAGGAGUUGUACACACUGUUAAAUGAGAAUUACGUAGAAGAUGAUGAUAAUAUGUUUAGGUUUGAUUAUUCACCUGAAUUUCUUCUGUGGGCGCUGCGUCCCCCGGGCUGGUUACCCCAGUGGCACUGUGGGGUCAGAGUGUCCUCAAACAAGAAGCUGGUAGGAUUCAUAAGUGCCAUCCCUGCAAGCAUUCGUAUUUAUGACAGUGUGAAGAAAAUGGUAGAAAUCAAUUUUCUUUGUGUUCAUAAGAAGCUGAGAUCCAAACGGGUCGCACCGGUACUGAUUAGGGAAAUCACCAGGAGAGUAAACCUGGAGGGAAUUUUUCAGGCUGUUUACACUGCUGGAGUGGUGCUCCCCAAGCCCGUGGCCACUUGCAGGUAUUGGCAUCGAUCACUGAACCCCAGGAAGCUGGUGGAGGUGAAAUUCUCCCAUUUGAGUAGAAACAUGACUCUGCAGAGAACAAUGAAGCUCUACAGACUCCCUGAUGCCACAAAGACUUCAGGCUUGAGACCCAUGGAACAAAAAGAUACUAAAGCAGUACAAGAACUAAUCAACACUUACUUGAAACAGUUUGAUCUGGCUCCUGUGAUGGAUGAAGAAGAGGUAGCCCACUGGUUCCUCCCUCGGGAUCACAUUAUUGACACUUACGUGGUAGAGGGCUCAAAUGGUACCUUAACCGACUUCCUGAGCUUCUACACCUUACCUUCAACAGUGAUGCACCAUCCUGUCCAUAAAAGCCUCAAAGCUGCCUAUUCCUUUUACAAUAUUCACACAGAGACACCCCUCUUGGAUUUAAUGAAUGAUGCACUCAUUAUAGCAAAAUUGAAAGGAUUUGAUGUGUUCAAUGCACUGGAUUUAAUGGAAAACAAAACAUUCCUGGAAAAACUCAAGUUUGGGAUCGGAGAUGGAAAUCUGCAGUAUUAUUUGUACAACUGGAGGUGUCCUGGCAUGGAAUCUGAAAAGGUUGGUCUGGUGUUACAAUGAGGACAGG